AUGGGCGGCGCUGAUACUUCAGCGGCAAUGGAUGCCGCGGCGCAGAUUCGCAAAGCAACACUUCGAAGUCCCUCGGGUUUUGCAGGCUUGGUACAAAAUCGGAAGGUUUUUGGUGUCGCUAUGUUUGCUUGCCUUGGAGGUCUUCUCUAUGGGUAUAACCAGGGCGUCUUUUCUGGUGUCUUGGUGAUGUACUCCUUUGAAGAACACGUACAGCCUCCCAAUGUUCCGAUUGUCGCAUUUCGUCUAAUCACUAUCCUCGAACUCGGUGCCUGGUUCGGUGCCCUGUAUUCCGGCAUCCUCUGCGAGCGAAUCUCGCGCAAGAACACGAUCCUUUUGAAUGUCGGCAUAUUCUGCAUUGGAGUGAUAGUCCAGACCACUGCGGCUGCGAAUGAUGGAAACUCUUCGAAUAUUCUAGGAGGUCGGUUUAUCACAGGUAUGGGGGUAGGAAGUUUAUCCACGAGCGUGCCCAUGUACAAUGCAGAGAUUGCUCCACCAGAAGUCAGAGGGUCUCUGGUGGCGUUGCAGCAACUUGCGAUCACUUUCGGAAUCAUGGUUUCUUUCUGGAUCAACUACGGAACAAACCACAUCGGCGGCACCGGACCUGGCCAGAAAGAUGCUGCAUGGCUUUUACCUCUGGCCCUACAACUAGUACCGGCUGCCAUCCUUGGCAUCGGUAUGAUUUUCAUGCCCUUCUCGCCCCGAUGGCUUGUCCACCAUGAUAGGGAAGAAGAGGCAAAGAAGGUCCUGACUAGCCUGCGUGGCCUCCCCGAAGACGACCCGCUCCUGCAGAUGGAGUUCCUUGAAAUCAAAGCCCAGAGUCUCUUUGAAAAGCGAACGGAGAAGGAAAAAUUUCCACAUCUAGAGAGGACUAAUACUUGGAGCUAUGUAAAGUUGGAAGCUGCAGGUUUUGCAAGCCUUUUCACGAGUUGGCCGAUGUUUAGACGUGUGAUGGUCGCUACCGUCACCAUGACAUUUCAGCAAUGGACCGGAGUCAAUGCCGUCUUAUACUAUGCACCCUCUAUCUUUGCACAACUCGGUAUGAGCAACAAUACAACCUCGCUAUUAGCUACCGGAGUCGUCGGCAUCGCCAUGUUUAUCGCAACAAUCCCCGCCGUCAUCUGGAUUGACAGACUAGGUCGCAAGCCAGUCUUGAUCACCGGUGCUAUCGGCAUGGCAUCCUGUCACUUCAUCAUCGCCGGCAUCUUCGGCCAGAACGAGAAUCAGUGGGAGUCGCAUAAAGCCGCCGGCUGGGCUGCUGUCGCUAUGGUGUGGCUAUUUGUUGUCCAUUUUGGUUAUUCCUGGGGUCCUUGUGCAUGGAUCAUCAUCGCUGAGAUCUGGCCCUUGAGUGCUCGGGCGAAAGGAACGGCCUUGGGUGCCUCUGCUAACUGGAUGAAUAAUUUCAUCGUCGGCCAAGUCACCCCCGACAUGCUCGCGGGCAUCACCUACGGCACGUACAUCUUCUUCGGACUGAUCACGUUCCUCGGCGCGCUAUUCAUCGCCUUCCUAGUCCCGGAGACAAAGCAGCUCUCGCUCGAGGAAAUGGACGUCAUCUUUGGUUCCGAGGGCACCGCCGUCUCGGACUAUGAGCGUCAGGUGGAGAUCUCGCGCGAGAUAGGUCUGGAUGAUGCGUUGGCAAGGUUGGCGGGUUCGAAUAUGAAUGUUGCUGAGGUGGGAGUGAAGCAUGGUGAGGUGAAGGAUUAG